AUGUUCACGCACACAGCCAUCUUUACCCUCUCUUUUCUACUUACAGUCUCUUUCCUUCUGUUUAUAUAUCUCAUCCACCCGCUCUUCCUCUCCCGCCUCUCAAAGCUCAACAUACCCAAUGCGCACUUCACCUCCCCGCUGUCCAGCUACUGGAUUAACUCCAUCCGGCAUGCCGGAUUAGAAACAGUCACGAUUCAAGCUCUGCAUGCAAAACAUGGGCCUGUCGUUCGAUUAUCACCGAACGAACUGAGUGUCAACUCUCUCCAUGGACUACGGGUGAUCUAUACUGGAGCGUUCGAGAAACACGCUCUGUACAGAGACCUGUUUCUCAACUUCCAUACGGAGAAUCUGGUUGGGAUGCUGGGUAAUAAAGAGCAUGCGCGGCAGAAGAGAAUGCUUAGUCGGGUUUAUUCAAAGUCGUAUUUACAGGAAAGCGAGGAUAUGAGAGUGAUCUCGGCGGUGAUUCUAUCGACUCGACUCCUACCAAUCCUGCAGCGGAUCGCGGAAAAUGGAGAGACUGUGAAUGUCCUGCCGCUGUUCCAGGCUGUUGGCAUGGAUUUCACUUCGGCUUACUUGCUCGGCGUGCAGAAUGGGACGAGCUUUUUGUUUGAUCUGCCGGGUUGGCAGAGGUGGCUAGAAGAGUAUGAAAAGUUCAAGCAUUUGAGCCUCAACGAGCGGGCUGAUGGGUUUAUUGAACGAUGGUGUCUGGAUUUAUGUCGACAAACGCAAACUGAGUCGAGUAGUAGUGACGCUAUAUCCACCAAACCGGUCGUAUACAAUGCCCUCCGGCAUGGUCUGGAGAAGUCCCCAGAUUCCCGUCCCAGCGACCUCGCUAUUGCGUCGGAGCUUCUCGACCACCUUAUAGCCGGUCAUGAAACGUCGGGGAUCACAUUCACGUAUAUGAUGUGGGAGCUCUCGCAUUGUCCAAACCUGCAAGAUGAGCUCCGAGCAGAACUGCUCCUACUGCAACCUUCACUAAAGUACCCCUUUCCCUCAGGCGGUGGAAAUGGUAGUUUCCCACAUCCAUCAUCGGUUGACAAUCUUCCCCUCCUUGAUGCGAUCGUCCGCGAAACACUUCGGCUCCAUGCCCCCGCCUCAUCACCACUACCCCGUGUAACUCCAGAUACGCCAGGUGGAACGUCAAUAGAUGGCUUCGAUGGUAUUCCAGGCGGCAUCACUGUCAGCUCAUCUGCAUAUACCCUCCAUCGGAUUGAGGAGGUAUAUCCGCAGCCAACGGAGUGGCUACCACAGCGAUGGCUCGAUCCUGGGUCUGGAAAGAAACAUGAUAUGCGGCGGCUCUGGUGGCCGUUUGGGAGUGGAGGUAGGAUGUGUCUAGGGAGCAAUUUUGCGCUGCAGGAAAUCAAGUUGGUAACGGCAGCAGUCUAUACCAACUACACGACGGCUGUUGUGGAUGAUGAGGGUAUUGAGCAGGACCUCGCAGACUUUAUCUCCCUGCCGAAGGGACGCAAGCUGGUGCUGAGGUUUGAUCCUAUUAACAGGGCUUAA